AUGGAAUUGCUUGGGGUUUCACAUGAUAUCUACUCUUUGAAUGUUCUCAUCAACUGUUUCUCCCACUCUCCUCAAGUGUUUUUGGGUUUAUCUGUCGUGGGCAAAAUCUUGAAACUCGGUUACAAACCGAAUGUAGUCACCUACAAUAUCUUAGCUCAUGGUUUUUGUAUCCACGGCAAGAUUUCAGCGGCUUUAAACUUGGUUGACCAAAUGGUGGAAGAGGGAUACAAACCUAAUGUUGUAACAUUUAACACUUUGGUCAACGGGUUUUGCCUUGAGGGUAGAGUUUCUAAAGCAUUGAGUUUACUUGAUCAGAUGCUAAAGAUGGACUAUCAACCCAAUGUAGUUACAUUUGCCAUUGUUAUAAACGGGGUCUGUAAGGCAAGAGAUUAUGCAUUGGUCAUGAAUCUACUCGAGAAGAUGGAGGAAAUGCAUAUUGAGAUCAAUAUCGUAAUUUAUAAUACGAUCAUCGACUAUCUUUGCAAAGCCGGACACGUGGAGGGUGCACUGAACCUUUUCGGAAAGAUGGAUAGUUGUGGGAUUGUACCUGAUGUAGUAACUUUUAGUUCUAUGAUAAAUGGUUACUGCAAGGCUAAUAGGGUCGAUCAGGGUCUUAAUCUCUUUUAUGAGAUGUCUCGAAGAGGAUUGGUUGCUGAUGCGAUUACAUACAACAUCCUCAUCCAAGGGUUUUACAGAGUAGGCAACCUUGGUGCUGCCCAAAAGUUUUUUAUGGAGAUGCAGUAUAAGGGUCAUCGUCCUGAUCUUGUGACUUACAUCAUUUUGCUUGAUGGACUCUGUAAGAAUGGAAAAACGGACAAGGCACUUUGCCUUUAUAAUAAGUUGGGUAAGAGUGUGAUUGACCUCGAUAUACCUCUCCAUAGUUGCAUGAUGCAUGGUUUGUGCAAGGUUGGGAGGGUUGACGAAGCGUUGAUAUUAUUUAAUAAGCUUCUUGAUAGAGGGGUGAAGCCGAAUGUUAUCAUGUAUAACAUAAUGAUCUCCGGACUUUGCGGAAAAGAUUCACUCUAUGAAGCCGAGAAGGUAAUUGGGAAGAUGAAAGAGGAUGGUUGUUUUCCCGACGCUGGUAUGUACAACGCAUUGAUCAGGGGUCGUCUUAGAAGUCGCUUUCCAUCGAUGGUUAUCGAGCUGAUACAAGAAAUGCGGAUCAAUGACUUUUCUAUGCAUGCAUCGACCUCAAAUAUGAUAAUGGAUAUGGUAUAUGGAGGUAGAUUGGAAAAGCGGUUUUUAGAUCUCCUCUCUUAG